AGUUCAGUAACCAACAAAGAUCUGUAAGUUUCCUGUUCCGACACCCAGCGAUGGCGGCUGCUGAUCUGAGAGACGAGCAGAGCUGCUCCAUCUGCCUGAAUAUCUAUACGGACCCGGUAAUGCUGCCCUGCGGCCAUAACUACUGCCGGGGCUGUAUUGGGGGGCUGCUGGAUACCCAGGAGGGAUCUGGGGGUUAUUCCUGCCCUGAAUGCAGAGCUGAGUUCCAGCAACGUCCUGCCCUGCAGCGCAACAGAACCCUGGGUAACAUAGCGGAGCGAUUCCUUCCUGCUCAGUCAGAACAGCAGGGGGCGCCAGGGAUCUACUGCACUUACUGCAUCCAGUCCCCUGUAGCUGCGACUAAAUCCUGUCUGCACUGCGAGGCCUCCCUGUGUGAUAACCACGUGCGCGUGCACAGCAAGUCAGCGGAGCACAUCUUAUGCCAACCCUCCGACUCUCUGCCCAACAGAAAGUGCUCUGCUCACAAGAGGCUCCUGGAGUAUUACUGUAUGGAGGAUAAUGCCUGUAUCUGUGUCUCUUGCCAUAUAGUGGGGCACCAUAUUGGACACAAGGUGGCGCUGCUCAGUGAGGCUUCAGAGAGGAAGAAAGGGAAACUGAGAAACGCUCUAGAGAGACUGAUCCUAAAGAGAGAGAGGGCUGAGAGAGAUUCCCAGAGGCUGCAGGAGCGCAGGAGGGAAAUGGAAGAGAAAGCAGCCAAUGAGACGGAGCGAGUUACUGCCCUGUUCAGAGGCAUCAGGGAACAGCUGGAAGCCCUGGAGGAGAGAGUCCUGAGUGAGAUCUCCAGGCAAAGAGACAGUCUCUUACUCUGUUUCUCUGACCUGAUCCAACAGCUGGAAAUGAAUAAGGAAGAGCUGUCCAGGGAGAUCCAUGACACUGAGGAGCUGUGCAACAUGGCCGAUCCCCUCACUGUCCUACAGGGGGCAGAGCUGGACGGAGACGCCUUCUGUGAUGCUUGGGAGGCAGAGACUGAGGGAAGGGGGAGCGGGGGUAACAAGGACCCUACAAUAUGGGAUUUGGAUGAGGAUCUGAUCUCAGAGAAGUUACUGACAGGCUUAGCUGGGAUUGUGAGGAGCAUGAAGGCAGCCAUUAGGCACACGGGGCAAGAUACAAACCCCGAGGCAGAAGGUGCAGAGCUGAGUGCCCCAGUACCCCUGCCCCCUGCAGAGAGUAACGGCCCCGGGCAUCUCUGUGACACCCCCGGGAGCUUGGCCCCACAGGCGGAAAGUGACCCACUGUAUGGGCUGAAGGCCACAGACAUGUCUAUAGACAUAAAUACAAUGAAUAAUCGUUUGGAAUUUAUAGAUAAAGGUGUACAUUGGUGUAGUAAAUUCGCGGAUCACUUCCCCACAUGUGAGAGGUUUCAGGAUUACCCCCAGGCUCUCAGUAUCCAAAGCUUCUCCUCGGGGCGGCACUACUGGGAUGUGAAGUGGGUGAAAGUUGUGGUCACAGGGUCCACAGGGUACUGUAUAAUAGGGGUAGCAUAUCCCAGCAUGCAGCGGUACGGCCAGGAGUCCUACAUUGGGCGCAACAAGAAGUCAGUGGGUUUGUUCCUAUGGGACGAUAGAUACUCAGUGAUACAUGAUGGACAGAGGAAGAACUUACCUUACAUUUCCACCUGUAAUAAAAUCAGGGUCUCAUUGGACUAUGAUGGCGGCCGCCUGUCCUUUUAUGAGCUGAGUGAGCCAAUCAGGCACUUGCACACUGUGACUGCCACCUUCACUGAGCCGCUGCACGCUGCAUUCUGGGUAUGGAAGUCUUCCCUGACUAUCAAUAAAUAGGGCAACUGCCCAAGUGCCCGAUAUGUCUGUAUGAAGCAGUCACAGUAAAAUGAUGGUGAUGAUGGAUGUAUAUGACUGGAAUGUACUAAUAGGUGUGAAUAUUGCUCCAGCCCUGGUAACCCAUAGCAACUAAUCCGCAGGAAGCAUUUAUUUGCCUCCUGUCUGAAAGCAGAUUGGUUGCUGUACAUUACCAAACCUGGAGCAAGUAAAUUCAUAUAAAUAAAUGAAUAAUAAUUAAUAAUUCUAAUAAUAAUAAAUUAGAUUAACCCAUGAUUAUGCAAUUACUUAAGAGUCACAAGUCCACUGAGGUUUGAUUAGAAAAGAAAAAAGAGGUAACUUGACCCCUGUGGGCCCCAGUACAAUACUAAUAGAGGGGGGCUGGCACAAUAUAGUUCCGUGGAUGUACUUUUACUCUCCUUCUCCUUUGUACUUUAUCUAUUUUCACUUCUAAGGGGCCUUGGAUUCAUUGCUCUUCAGUUAAAGUAGGGAGGGUAACUUAUGGGACCCCAGUCCUUGGCACCCUGUCUUCUCCAUGUUGUGGGGCCCCAGGGAUUAUAUAGGAGUAGAGAUAGUUGUUUUGGGGACUUCUCCACUCUCUACUCUCUGUCCAGUUACAGACUGGAGAGAAACCUGAUUGGCUGGGGCUUAGUUGCUGGUGUCUGCCUUUCCCUCCUUGUGAGUCCCCAGUGGGUGAGUCCCCAGUGUGUGUGUGAGUCCCCAGUGUGUGGGUGGGUGAGUCCCCAGUGUG